GCAAUUAAAAUAUUUCAAAACGGCGCAUUUUUUCUUAGUACGUGGAAUUUCAGCUGCAUGAGAAGUUAAAGUAUUUUUUAAUAUAAUAAAUUUUAAAUUGCUUUCCUUCGUAAAAGUAAUCAAAAAAUGAAUAGAAUUGCAUUUCAAUUAGCACUCUUGUCUUCACUAUUGUUUCCAUCUGGGUUUGUAUUAUGGAAAAUAUUACAGCCCAACCAGAAAAAUGAUACCACUUCAACAGCAACUAAGGUACCUAAGGAACCAUCUCUGGACAACUUUGGGAUUUAUCAAUAUGAUGGCGAUGUUUUUAUUGCACUUAAAGGUCAUUUUCAUGGAGAACCAUAUGUAACGUAUCCAGUUUUCCUUGUCAAAACCAGUAAUAAUAAAGAAAUAAAUAUUGGAAAUAUAUCAGAAAAUAAUUUGGCAUUUGAGUAUUAUAUUAAUGAAACGGUUGAACCCACAUACUAUUUCAAAAUUAAGGCUUGUAACGAAGCAGGAUGUUCUGAUCCUUUAAAAACCAAAGAAUUUGUAAUUAAUUAUGAAGAAGAACUGCCUGCAUCACUAAAGGGUGAUAUUAGACAGAAAAGUGCUACGAAUGAUACGUGCAUUAUAGAAUGGAAUUCACCAGAAACUUUUGGAAGUCUCAUUAAAUAUGAUAUGACUAUGUAUAAUAAAAGCAAUAAUGUUUUAUGGAAUGGAUCAUUACUUGUUCCACACGAAGUUGUAAGUAGUCAUAAAUUUCAGCAUCUUCAACCUCAAAACACUUAUGAUAUUCAACUUUAUCGACAAAAUAACCGAGGUUUAUCUACACAUCCAAUCAAAGGAUCAUGCACGACAACACCAUAGGUUUAUAAACCGAAAAUAAAGUGAACGUGAAAAUAGCAAAAAAGAAACACGUAUUACUUAAUUUUUAUAUGAAAGUUUUCAUAAAACAAAAUGCAUUUUAAAAUUUUGAGAAAAUUUCUAUCACCAAGCUUAAAAAGCAGAUGGAUCUAUUUUAUAAAAUAAUGUUGUUAAAACAUUAAAAUUGAAUGCAAUAAAAGUAAUAUAAACAGUA